CUUCUCAUACAAAAACUAGUCUCUAUAUGUAGCAAUUGAUAUACAACCUUACCCCUUAAGCAAUAAAGUGCAUUUUGGAUUGAUUUCAAUAUAGCAGGGGAACCCGCGGAUCAAUACCACCAUACUAAAAAUAAUUGUUAGUGUCCUUAAUGUUGGUAGUAUUGUUAGUUUGACAAAUGAAAAAAAAAUUCUGUCAAUUGAGUUUGAGUUUUUAACCGGCGAAUUGAUUCGUGUGAAGUUAUUUUCUCAGAUUUGGUGCAAUAUUACUGUAAAUAAACUUUUCUGUCGUUUACGUUGAGUUGAUUAAGUUCCUCCGUAUCGGGCGUGAUAAAGUUUGCUGUUCAGUGUUUUGUUUUUUGUGAGAUAGAGACUCUUUUAAAUAAGCUGUGUUUCAACUUCUACAGAAGUUUAAACUCUUAUUUACUUUUCUGUUUAAUGGGCUUCUACUGAUAAUGGAGAGUAGAAACAACAAGAAGUGCGUUAUUUGUAAUAAGAGGCGAAGUCGUGGUGGAUCACCCUUACUUUUGAGUAGGUUUCCUCUGGAUUCUGACCGUUGUCGAAUGUGGGUUAAAAAUGCUGGCAUAGAAGACUUAGCAUAUGUACCUAUUGAAAAGUUACACCAACUUAAGUUUGUUUGUGGUGGGCACUUCACUCCUGAAUCCUUCAAUGCCAAAGGAACUCGGCUGAAGAACUCAGCUAUUCCAACACUGGAAUUGAGCAAUCCCAUCUUGCCAGAUGAAGUUUUGACAGAGUUUCCUCUUCAUGUAAAAGACUCCAAUAAAGAAAACCUCAAGACAGUUCUUAAUGAUCAUUCAUAUUGCAUUCCAAAGAAGUCAAAUCCAGUUGAACGAGUUCCCCUUACAACUACAACCAAACAACUAAAUUCAACAUGUUUGGGAGCUAUGGAUAUACCAGAUUCUGGUAUUUCUGCGAAAACAACUUUUGAACCUCUUCCUUCUACUUCCAAUGCACCAGAACAUAUGACCUAUAAACCAAUUACUCAUGAUGAUAAAAACAUUUGCCAUCAAGAUGCACAGGCAGAAAUAUUAGUCCACAGUUAUAAAAGACCUAAGAAAAACAUUGAAAUGAAAGACACUUCAUCAACAUUUACAAUUAAAGAGAAGAGGCUUUGGCGACAGUUACAAAAUGCAAAAAAAAACAAUAAGGAAUAUAGCGAAGUCAAGAGUGAAUUUAGACAAGUUAGAUUCGGAAGUGCUGACAUCGUUAGUAAAGGAUGUAGUGCAGAAUAACAAAAAAAAGUCACAAGGAAAAAGGUGGACUUUAGCCAACAAAAUAUAUGCUUUGGCUAUAUUUAAACGGUCCCCUAAAGCAUACCGCUAUAUGCAAAAGCUGUUUACGCUACCAAGCACUAAAACACUCCAAAGGAUUUUAAAAAAUAUACCAAUGGAGCCUGGUAUAAAUAAAAAUAUAAUUGAUAUGUUAGAGGCAAAAGCAUCAAGUAUGCCAAAGGAAAAUAAAUAUUGCUCGUUAAUAUUUGACGAGAUGGCGUUAAAGAAACGGAUAAUUUAUAACGAAAUUGCUGAUAAAGUGGAUGGCUACGUGGAUUAUGGAGAGGGCGAGAACAUGGGACGAGAAAAUAAAAUUGCAGACCAUGCGUUAGUGUUUAUGAUACAGGGUGCUAAACAUAAAUACAAGCAAUAUAUUGCGCACUAUUUUGUGGAAGGCACAAUAUCAACAGCAAAACUGGCAAAAAUUAUAUCGGACAUCAUCAAAAAAUUAAAAGAAAUCGGAUUUGUGGUUCUAACAACAGUUUGUGAUCAGGGAUCUACAAAUAUAGGAGCUCUUAACAUGUUAAAAAGAAACUGUGGACAAGGCAUAGAUAGCAACUUUUUCUCUGUAAAUAAUGACAAAAUAUUUAUAAUCUAUGACAUCCCUCACUUGUUCAAAUCAUUACGAAACAAUUUCUUUAAAAGUGGAAAUAUGUCUUUCGAUGGAAAAAUUGCACAAUGGAGGCAUUUGGUAGUUGCAGAAGAACACAACAGAAAUUUUUUAAAUUUUAAAAAACUGAAUAGUACCAUUGUAAAUCCAACAUUCAAAACUAAGAUGAGGGUGAAGUAUGCUGCGCAUGCUCUGAGUAAUACCGUGGCAGCUAUUUUAAAAAUGAUGGCAUGGAAAGAAGUUUCUGAUUGCAAUGAUACAGCAUUUGUGAUUGAACAGUUAGAUAAACUAUUUGAUUGUACAAAUGGUCCAUCAUCUUUAAAUGACGUAAAGAAAGGGAUCCGGGAAAAUGUUUCCACAUCAAGUAAUCACAUUGAGUCUUGGACCUUUUAUACUGAUAAGUUAAAAAA